AUGUCUUCUCCAUCGAAUUCGCAGUGCAGACCGAGCCCUGCGAAUCAAGUCUUUCGCUCCCGACUAGGGUGCUGGACGUGUCGCGAAAAGAAAGUCAAGUGUGACGAACAACGCCCGCGCUGCCGAAGGUGCAUCCGUUUAGGAAGAUCUUGCGACUACACGCAGCGCCCUCGCAAGAAAUAUACACGGCGCAGUCAGGGGAAAGGAGCAGAAAUCCACGAUGAUCCCGAUACAGGCCCAUUAUCCUUGCCGAGUGGCUCGCCAGAUGAUGGUUCUUUACGGGCAGUCAUUAUUCAUGCGGACCACCAGGGAGAGACACAGCACAGGAGUGGUAUGCCCACCCUCCUAGAUGACAGCAGCCCAACCCAAACCGACUACCUCCGUUUCUUAUCGGCAUCAGACCACGAAGCUAUAGACUACUUUCGCUCUGUCCUGUCUACACUGGUCGACACCAAGCUUCCGGAGCACUCCGGGCCAGCUAUGGUUUGGACCUUGGCACAAAGAAACCCCAUGCUGCUGCAUAUGGUGUGCACCUUGGGUGCCCAGAAUUUGUCUUAUCAGACGACUUUAGCACAAGACCAGGUACGAUUCCGCCGAGCGCAAGCAAUGCAGCACUACGGGGAUGCGCUACAGCUUUUGAGUGCCGCGACCCACAAUAUCCAUGCCGUGCACAUGUCCGAUUUUGAUUGCAUCCUUGCCACUCUGUGGUUGAUGAUUGUGUACGAGCAGAAAUAUGGAGACGGGCGUGGAGUAGGCCUCAUUGCACACUUCCAGGGUGCCGCCCUUCUUCUCAAGGAUCACCUGCGGAACAUCUGCGGCACUCUCACUGACCUGGACGCAACUCACAAUCUCAAUUCUACUCUGUCUCCUAUCAGCAGCCGGAUGGUGAUAUGGAUCUCUUUAACUGAUGGUGGCGCGACAUUUAACGAAAUUCGAAGCGGAUUCAAUCACCUACUCGGCGAGGCACUGCAGCACGGCAGUCAUGUUAAUGUCGUCAUCAUGAGACUUCGCUUAAUCGUCGCCCUCCACAAACAUUCAAAUCUGGCAUAUCGCGAAAUUUGGGGCGAUUCAUAUCCCCAAACCCAGCUUCUCGAGGACUUGGCUAGCGAGCAUCUAUUCUAUCUACAAUCCGAGGCAGGCCAGCUACGGUAUGUCAUUUCCCAGCAUGUCGAGGGCGAUCAUACGGACCUAGAAGCACAAACUUACAGCACCCACCACAUCAUCCAAGCAAUCCAGGACUUGGAGAGGCGAUACAGCGGUUAUAUUGAAGCGGCAACGCUUUUGGACUUGCCUGAAGAAGGGUCACAAAGAAGAUUUGUGAUGAAUAUCCGCACCGCAGUGGCAUGGUAUUAUGCAGUUUUGCUCUAUUUUCACGCAUUUUGCCCAUCGGACAACAGCACCCAGCGGCAAAGGGCCCUAGGAGAGACCAUGAAAUUGUGUGGAAAGGCCUUCCAAGACCACAAAGAACGGGCCAUGUUACAAAUGGCCUGGCCAUUGUACGUUGCAGCGUUAGAGACGGACGACAUCAUUCACCAGAAUUGGAUCCUGGAUCGGUAUGAUGCCCUGCAAAACUACGGCGAGAAUUACCGGCGGGCCUAUGAGGCGUUGCGUUUGGUACUGUCGCAGCCGCGGCGGACCCCGAUUGACCGAUAUGAAUUUCUCCAGCGGGGCGGCGGAAACGAAAACUUUACCAUCUGA